AGACCCCACAACAUGCCUUCAGAAGAGAAAGUCCUCCAGACCAAAGCUGUAAUCUUAAGAGCUCUGGUUUUUCUGCUGAGUCUUCAAAGUACUGGGGCCAUCAAGGCAGACCAUGUGUCAACCUAUGCCAUUUUUGUACAGACACAAAAUCCAACAGGGGAGUUUAUGUUUGAGUUUGAUGAGGAUGAGCAAUUCUAUGUGGAUCUGGACAAGAAGGAGACUGUCUGGCGUCUGCCAGAGUUUGGCCGAGCCUUUUCCUUUGAGGCUCAGGGUGGGCUGGCCAACAUUGCUGUAAUGAAGAACAACUUGGAUAUCAUGAUCAAAAGAUCCAACCACACCCAGGCCGCCAAUGAUGCCCCCGAGGUGAUUGUGUUUUCCAAGGAGCCUGUGGAGCUGGGCCAGCCCAACACUCUCAUCUGCCAUGUCGACAAGUUCUUUCCACCAGUGCUCAAUAUCACCUGGCUGCGUAAUGGGCAGAUGGUUACCGAAGGUGUUGGUGAAAGCCUCUAUCUGCCCAGGACAGACUACAAGUUCCACAAAUUCUACUACCUGACCUUUGUGCCCUCAGACGAGGACAUCUAUGACUGUAAGGUGGAGCACUGGGGCCUGGAACAGCCGCUCCUCAAGCACUGGGAGGCCCAGGAGUCAAUGCAGGUGCCCGAGACGACAGAGACUAUGGUCUGUGCCCUGGGCUUGGCGGUGGGCCUCAUGGGCAUUAUUACUGGCACCAUCCUCAUCAUAAGGGCUCUGCGAUCCAGUAGUGACCCCCGAGCCCGGGGUCCCCUGUGA